CACAUGAUAUAUUAACUGAUCUUUUCAAUAUUGAGUGUAAAAUGCCUUUUUGCCUACGAUCAUUACAGCGGUUUACCUAACAGCCAAAGUUUUUCCCCUUCGCACAGGUGCUCUCCCUCAACGGUUUUUAUCAUUAGCAUCCCGAGCAGGUUUGCUCGGUUCCUUCCGCAGAGAAAUGGCAACAGCUUCUCUAGUGGCUGCUUCUCUUGCUCCGUCAUCAUUAUCAUCGUCACAGAAAAACAUAGGGAAGCAAAGGGAAACAACUUCUGCUUUUCUUCGUCAUGGCUGCAGUUCCUUUUCUUUGUCUUCCCUGUGUUUCCCUUCUCACUCCCUAUCAGCGACUCGCUUAAGACACCAAAAUGGCAUCAGGAUUGUUGGGUGUCUCCCUUCUUCGCCUGAGAACACCACUACAGUUUCCACCAAGCUCUACGUUAGCGGGCUUUCAUUCCGUACCACAGAGGAGAGCUUGAGAAAUGCUUUUAAAAACUUUGGCCAACUCAUUGAAGUUAACCUUGUGAUGGAUAGAAGAGCUAAUAGACCAAGAGGCUUUGCUUUCCUUCGUUAUGCAACUGAAGAAGAAUCUAAGAAAGCCAUUGAAGGAAUGCAUGGAAAGUUUCUUGAUGGCAGAGUCAUAUUUGUGGAAGUUGCAAAGCCAAGGUCAGAGCUGCGCCAAAUUCAAAGAAAAUCCCAAAAGUAUAUUGAAGAUCUCGGCUUACUCUGAAAUAUUCCUGGAUAUCAUGCACCAAAUAAGUUGAAUGCAGCUUCUUGUGUAUACCUCCAUACUGUAGCCUGUUCGGUCAGUAUGCCGUGGCUAGUAAUUAUUUGCUGUAUAAUCCUAUUCCAUCAAUACCUACAUGAAGAGUUCUUAAGAUAUUAUCCAGAGUUCUUACUGCAAUAGUUGUAGUUAUAGAGUAUUAGAAAUGUUAGAUUAAAGUCAUUUGUUUAUGAAGCUUGUUUCCUGAACAGGAAGGUCUGAUGUUAAAAAAGGCCAUUGCCCAAUGUUGAUCCCAA